ACAGGUAUAUACAAGCGAUAAAACCCUAAAUUCAAAAACCUCGCAGGGGACUUUCUCUACACCAGCUGAAGCUAAGAGAGACAGGGUAGCCGCCAUUUUUGCCCUUCCCGUUUAAUUUAAUUACCAAACAUGCCGAAAUCUAAGCGUAACAAAGCAGUUUCACUGACAAAAACUAAGAAAAAGGGAAGAGAGCAUAAGGAAUCGAUUGUGAAUUCUAUAAGAGAAGAGGCAGAAAAAUUCAAUUCGAUUUAUGUGUUUACUUUUGAGAACAUGAGAAAUCUCAAGUUCAAGGAGUUCAGAGAGCAGCUCAAAUCGUCCAGCAGAUUCUUCCUUGGAUCAAACAAAGUAAUGCAGGUAUCGUUAGGCCGGUCUAUUGCUGAUGAGAUCAGGCCAGGCAUUCACAAAGUUUCUAAGCUUCUGCAUGGAGAUGCUGGACUUUUUCUCACCAACUUGCCAAAAGAAGAAGUUGAAAGGUUGUUUAAUGAAUAUGAAGAAUAUGACUUUGCUAGGACAGGAAGCAUUGCAUCAGAAAAGGUAGAACUUAAGGAAGGUCCUUUGGACCAGUUUACUCAUGAGAUGGAGCCCUUUUUGCGCAAGCAAGGCAUGCCUGUUCGGUUGAACAAGGGUGUUGUGGAGCUAGUUUCUGAUUUUGUUGUUUGUGAAGAGGGGAAGCAUUUGUCACCUGAGUCUGCUCGAAUACUGCGAUUACUGGGGAUCAAGAUGGCUACUUUCAAACUUCACUUAAUUGCCAGAUGGAGUCCUGAAGAUUUUGAGCUUUAUAGAGAAGGAGUAGAUGAGUCAGAUGUUGAGUCUGCAUAAUCUGUGUAAAAUAGUUAUGAGAUCCAUCCAAAUCAUGUGUAAAACAAGCUAAUGCAAUAGGCGUUGUUACUGCGAAGUAAUGCAGAAGCAGAAGUAGGUUUUUCUGCCUUUGUCAAUCAAAGGCACCUGUUGUUUAAAUCUUUAAGUUUUGUCUGUAAGCUGCUGCCACCUGAUUUUGGGUUUUAUUUUUUGAGUAUUUUUUUUCUCUUUUUUUAUUUUUUGAAGGAGAAAUAGCCACCAUAUGAUUCUCUGAUCUUUCAUCUAAACAACCCAUUCUUUGGGCGUAAUUUCGAUGCAA